GGCGCAGAAAUGAGAUUUCUACGUCUACGCCAUGUGAGACGUGUCUUGAUCACUGAGCUUCCAUACCUAACUCUCAUCUAUAUUUUAUUCCACCAUGCCUGCUGGUUUUUUCAAUCUGCCUCACUGGUUACUCAUUCACGCCUCCGCUAUAAUUGAGUGCUUUUCACCUUCACUAAUACACACCACUGGGACUGAGGCCUCUAUUCCUUAAUCUCCUCGCUAGCUAGCUCCUACACCUAUCUCAUCGUGCAUGUUUAGUUGGCAAAUCAUAAAGCUGCAUGCAUUUGCCAUUGUAUAUAUGACUCUGGUUUAUAUUCUGUAGGAUGUUGUUAUUCUUAGCUUGAAACCACUAUCAUUGAUAGACACCAACUUAUAAACCGAAAUGGGGUGUGCUACUUCUGUAUAUGCUGCUGUUGGAACUAAGAAGAAGUUGACUGUUCCUGAAGUUGUCGUCUUUGUCCCGUCCACUCGCAUUCCGGCACAAUCUGAUCUUCAAAAGCGGCUCAGAGGCCUAGUUCCAAAAGAUGUUGUAGACAGAUUGUCUUCACUUCGGAAUCAGAUUGUCUUUGUGGCAGAGGACACCGAUGGAUCUGCUAUACCUGAACUUUACCGAGGGCUGGAGGAAUACUUAUCUCUUUUAAUUGGCCUCACGAAGAAAGAAUAUGGUCUUGAGGGAUUGGUUGAAUUCAAGUGGAGAAGUUUAGAGGACGGGAAACAACAGCAGGAAGCCUCCUCAUGCGUAGCAAACUCUUGGUUUGAGGUACUCUGUGUUGUUCAUAUGAUGGCUAUGCUUGCGUUGUCGGAGGCCGACACAUUGAUGAUUCCAAAGGACCAUUCUGGCUCUAGUAUAAGGACUGUAUCUUCAGAUUGCAAGAGAGAAGCUGUGGACUUAUUGCUCAAGGCAACAGGGUAUUUGGAAUUCUGUGUCCGGGAUGUACUGGUUCACAUACCACCUGAUAUCAAGAAAAGUUUUCCGAAAGACUUGCAGGAUGGUGUGUUGGAGGCCAUUUCGUUUCAGACUCUUGGCCAGGGAACUGAAAUUCAGCUUGGUUUAGCUGUCGACUGCCAGAAGGCCACAUUAUCAGUUAAAAGGAGACUAGCCUGUGAACAACUUAGCUAUUUUAGCCAGGCUUAUCACUGCUUGUCAGGAUGCGAUCACAUCAAUGGCGGGUAUGGAAAGAAGCAUAUGUGGUUCAUCAAGUGGAAAUUUCUUGAAUCCAAGGCUGCAGCUUACUACUUUCAUGGUCUGAUGGUUGACAAGGGUACUGAGCCAUCAUGCCAUGUCAGCGCUGUAUGUUGUUUUCUUGCCGCAGAAGAAAUUUUAUCAGAGAGUAAGAAAGCUUGCUUUACCUUUUGCCUUGCAGCUCCAGUUACCAGGGCUGCACCACUGUGGGGAGCUAUGAAGCAUUUGCAUCAGAAAAUCCCUGAAGUUGCAGCAAGGAAAUCCCAGAUGUAUGGCUACCUCUUAGAACAAGAGAAGGUUCUUCAAGCCUUGCCUGACCUACCAGAAUUUCAACUGUCAUUAAGGCCUGAUGACUAUCAACUACCUGACAUCGACUCAGCUUGGGAGUCAGAAAAAUGGGAAACUCAUAGCCAGAGCUUGAAAGAGCACCUAAAUGAUAGCAGCAACGAUGACGAUGAGACUGAAAGUGAGUUGUGAUGCAUAUACAUAUAGAUAAUUUUGGUGAACAAGACUUGUUUGUUGUAUUUUUCCCCCUUACACAUGAGCUGAUGUAUGAAUCACUACUACAGCUAGCUGAACCAUAUCCGCGUCUGUAUAUGUAUAUCUUUAACAACUUGUAUUGUC